AAUUCAUCUCGCAUUUUUCUUCUUCUUCCUCUUCUGCAAAAUUAGGGUUUGUGUUCUUCUUCUAAUCAAUCAGAAAGAUGGGUGGAGGAAACGCACAGAAAUCAGCGAUGGCUCGUGCAAAAAACUUGGAGAAGGCAAAAGCUGCAGGAAAAGGUAGCCAAUUGGAAGCUAACAAGAAAGCUAUGUCGAUUCAGUGCAAGGUGUGUAUGCAAACAUUCAUCUGCACGACAUCGGAAGUGAAAUGCAGGGAGCACGCAGAGGCGAAGCAUCCGAAAGCCGAUGUUGUCGCUUGUUUCCCUCACCUCACCAAGUGAUGAAAUCUAUUAUAUCAACUAUAAAGGAUUCCAAUGUAAAACGUAUGGUUCCUCCUCUUUCCUAUGUUUGUAUCAAAGUCCUGACAAAUUUAUGGUUCUGUUUCUCUCUUUACUUAAAGACUUGUUUUCAACAAGUCUCUUGCUAUGAUCAUAUAAUGAAGCUUUGUUUGGAACUUUUUAAUAUAUAAGUUGGCUUGUU